CGGGUCCAGCCUUGUUUUUACGUUGUCAGUAUGUUAUAAUGUUGUUCGUGCUUGAAAAUUAAUUACUUUUUUAUAAAAGCCAUUGAAUUAUUUAGUUUUUCUAUAAAAACCUCCACAAAUUCACGUCUUUCCUACCCAUCUCCUACAUCCCAGCCAAUUCAAUUAAUCUUGCUAUCUUUCUUGUUUUAGGACAAAUUGCCGACCUGGAAGUCCAAGACAUAGUUUUUUGGUUAUUUAUUCAAGGCUGAUCUCGUUUGACUUUUCAAGGAUUAUUCAUUUCUACAUUAUUUCUUUCUUGCAUUGGAGCAUUGCAUAAGUCUUUGACUCGUCGUCUUUCUUGUAAAGUCAAAUAAAGGUGUUAUAGCUUCAACUGGUAACAAGUAGCGAUUCAGAGGGCUGCAGUAGGAUACAUUUAGAGUUCCACUAACUUGGUAAGUGUGUUCAGUUGACUGUCUUUUUUUCCCACUGUAAGUUAUACCCUUCACCUCGUGCCUUAUUUUCUGUUUAUGCAAAAGCAUAAUAUUUCAUUGUUGUUUCCUGCUCAGUUAAUUCAUUGUUUUUUUAAACACCCUCCCUGACUUGGUAAUUCUUGUUAUUUUAUUUUUCUGCUCGAUCUAGUUGCCUCUAUUUUGAUCUUUGAUAGGUUUUUUUGAAGAAGAUUUGGUGGAAAGAUAGUUGAAAUGUAAUGGAGUCGACUUUGUUGCUUAGGAUUUACAUUUAGGUAGAAGGUACGCGAACUUGGUCCAUGGGAUUGUGCACUCCAUAUGGUUUCUCAGUGAUAUAUAAGUUAUUGGUUGUGAACUAUGGGUAGUUGUCUUCGUUCUAAUCAAUGCAUUUUUUUUCAUAUCAUUUCCUGAUCUUAUGAGGUUUGUUUGUCAAUUAAGUUGAGCUGCCUGGUAAUGAGUUCUUGAUUUUAGCUCUGGAAGUUAUGGCUAUGUCCCCAUUUCUAAUCAUUAUUGUUAUUAAAGAAGGUUGGGAUAUGAACUCAGGAUGUGAGGAAAUGAAACCGUCAGAAGUAAAAUUGUUUCAUGUAGAAUGCAUCGAUCUCAGAGAAGAAAAGGUUACGAUGAAUCAGUUAUUGGUAAUAUGUUGGGAUUAAUAGUCCUAUCAUCUUCUCAUGUAAUAUGAUAUGCCUGAUCAGUAAAUUACAUGCGUAUGGUCGUGGUGUUAUGGGCAGUGGUACAUGCAAGAGAGUGGUUUUCUUAUUCCUUGCCUCUUUUUAGUCUAGAAGCUCCUGACCAGUGUCCUAUCUAAACUGAUUGAUUUGGGUUUUGAUAUUUGAACGUCAACUAGUGAUUUUAAUUGGUUCUGGAUCUAUCUUCCUCCCAUGCCUCAAACAAGCAUUUUGAAAUGAAGAACUAUAGUUGAAAGAUUCUUUUUGCUGUCCAAUCUUUUAUUUUUAUGCCAGUAUCUUGCAUAAGUGUGAAGACGAAAGUAUAUUCUACUAAGAUAUUGUGGAACUAAAAUGUAAAUCAAUUAUCAUCUGGAUGGUGGUAGUAUUCUUAUUGGUUCUUUUGGUUAUUUUUGGUACCCCUGAAAUCAUGGGUCUGCAUAAUCAAUGUGAUCUCACUAGUUAUGGUGAAUUUGGUCAAAAUAGUUAGUUUUGACAGUGUGUAGUGAACAGAUUCAUUGGAAGACUUAAUUAGUUCAGUUGUUUGGGUGUAGAUAUAAGCGGAGGCCAUGCCUCCACUAAUAUUAUCGUGAUAUAUUUUAUCUUUCCCUGGUCAUCAUUGGGAAGCCUAUUUUUUUGCCGUUAUCUGGUUGCAAGAUAACUGAAGGAAAGGAGAAUAAAUUAACAGUUUAAUAAUCUCUUGUUCUCCUUUGUUUCGUUUAUGAUCUAACAAGUAAUAAGAUCUUGGCGCUAAGCAAAAGACAGCCUUUUGAGUAAAAGAGCACAGGGGAUUGUAAACUAUUACAACCUCUCUAGAUUAGUAAUCAAAUCUAUGCAAUCCAUCUUCUUGUUAAAUUGAGCAAUUUCUAAUUGUUUGGAAGUGAACAACUUAAGUUUUAUGUUUAUUUAGCCAAAAAGCAUUACAAAGAAAUAGCUGCAUGUAGUAAAAUUUGCAAAUGUGAAUAGGAUAAAUAACUUCUGUAAAUGCAGUAAAAAUGGUGUCCCUUUUACAAUCUGCUCUGUCAAUUUUUCUUUUCUUCUUGUGAGGGUAAUAUGAAUCUUAGUCGCUCUUUUUCUGCUUCUUUCCAUCAUUAUUUUCGUACCCUAAGCUAUGUUUGGACCCUUUCAUUCCAAACAAGAGGGGUUAGUUGAAUAUCAGAUUCUGGUUGUGAUAAAAUUUGGUCUGGAUACCAUAGGAUCCUGUCUACAUUGUCAGGUAACAUGUGAAUGGCUGGACACAACUUUAUUUUUCUCCCAAAUGAACCAAGUAUUGAACGUCAAGAUUCUCAUAUAUCUAACAUAUGUGUUAAGUAUAAUUAAUUGAGGGCCAAUAACGAGCAGUCAGAUGAUAACGAAAGCAUGUCAGAACUCCAACUACCCGGUUAUUUGAGAAGUCAAAUUUAGUGCGAUUACCACUGUCUUUGUUUUUGUUUAAAUUUUUUCUCAUAAAAUUCUUUCUCCAGUUUACAUAAGAUUCUUUAUCCAGUUAACGCUUUUUUAUUUCGUGUAUCUUGUAUUAUAACCAAAUAGUUAUACUCAAGGGUAAGGGAUAUUUCCAGGAUAACGUUGGAAAUUUGUGGUUUAGUUCCUUUUUUUUGGUCUGACAUCUUUUUUGUGGUUUACUCGUGUACUGUGUUUGGUAGCAUUCAUGUUCUGAUAAGUUAAAUAUGUUGAGUAACAUACAGUGCACACAAGAUGGCUGGUGUGAAACGAAGAAUACAUACUGAUUCAGAUAUCUGUGCUCUUCAGAAAGAACUUGAUGAGGUCUCAUGCCCUAUUUGCAUGGACCAUCCACAUAAUGCUGUUCUCCUUCUGUGCAGCUCACAUGACAAGGGUUGUAGGUCUUACAUUUGUGAUACAAGUUACAGGCAUUCAAACUGCCUUGACCGGUUUAGAAAAUUAAAGGCUGAUUCUAGGAACAGUUCAUCUCUACCGCAUUUUUUACCUAUAAAUCCUUUAAGUUCUAGUAGUAAUUCUGAUAUGAAUUCAGAUUUGAGAACUGGUUCAGUCGAAGGCAACGGGAAUUAUAGUCAAAAUCAAAUUAAUAAUGUUGCAUUGUCAUCAGAACGGUCAAGAGAACAUAGCAUUCACCGUCAACAUAGGAAUUUAGAGUCACAAGGUGAAGGUAUUCUUGAAAGAAGGGAUUCUGAAUUUAGGGAAAGGAUCGAAGCUGAAAAUCUACAUGGAGGAAACUCAUCCGAAACAAGAUUGAGUUUGAAAUGCCCUCUGUGCCGUGGAUCAGUGCUAGGGUGGCAGGUCGUAGAAGAGGCCAGGAAGUAUCUUAACCUCAAGAAACGAAGUUGCUCACGAGAAUCAUGCUCCUUCUAUGGAAAUUACCAAGAAUUGCGCCGGCAUGCUAGGAGAGUUCACCCAACAACCCGACCUUCAGAUAUUGAUCCAUCUAGAGAACAAGCAUGGCGACGCCUUGAAAAUCGGAGAGAAUAUGGUGAUAUUGUUAGUGCUAUUCAGUCAGCCAUGCCAGGUGCUAUCGUGGUUGGGGACUAUGUUAUAGAAAAUGAAGAUAGAUUUUCUGCUGAAAGGGGAAGUGGCGCAGGCAAUGUCAAUGCAUUGACUACUUUCUUCUUGUUUCAAAUGAUUGGCUCAUUUGACCAUGCAAGUGAAUCAAGGGCUCGAUCAAGGGCUUGGACAAGGCAUCGGCGUCCAGCAGCUUUACCUGACCGCCGAUUACUUUGGGGGGAGAACCUUUUGGGUCUACAAGACAAUGAAGUCAAUGAUGACUUGCAUAUAUUAAGCGAUGAGAGUGAAGAGGUAGCUCCAGUCCCAAGAAGGCGUAGACGGUUGAUGCGUUCAAGAUCAGAUGAAGAUCGGUCCUGAGAGACAUUGCUGCACAUGCAUACCUAUGGUAAUAUUUGGUUUGUUGACAACUUUGAUAUAUAUACUGGAAUUACAUUUCAGAUUGCCUUCAGCUGACACAGUCAGUGUUCUUCCCAUUGAUGUUCCUGUAAACUGCAGAAACUGCUUCCUAACAGCAGCCUUUAUGCAUUUUAAGAUCAAUUCUCAUGAACCUAUCAGCUCGGAAGGAGGGGAAGCAGGAUACGGGCUUAUCUGAAGAUGCAUGUCAUGGUUUAUAUUGUACUGUUCUUUGUACGAUACAGGAAGGACAGAGAAAAAAGGGGGAAGAACUGUUGUUUGUAGAAAUUUCAAUGCUUCUACUUUUUUUUUUUGUCUCUUAAAAUGUUUGAGUUUCAAUUGGAAUCUGAUUUGUUUUCUGGUUUUAGUGAAAGUUCAUGUUUCUGAACAUCUACUGCAUGAUGGAUAAUCAAUUUAGUUCAUCA